AUGAGACCUGAUGCUAUUGGUAGAAUGGGUCUCUCACCAAUGCAAAAUUGCACUGUUGCUAUUCGUAUACUGGCAUACGGAUCACUUGCCGAUUGUGUGGAUGAGUACGUUAGAAUUGACGAAUGCAGUGCAACUCAAUGCUUACAAAAAUUUGUAAAGAGUGUCAAUGAGAUAUUUGGACAAGAGUACUUGAGAAGGCCUAACAAAAAUGACAUCAAUCGCUACUACAAAUUGGAGAUGCAUGAGGGUUUCCAGAAUGUGGGAUACUAUCUUGCAGAUGAUAUUUAUCCUGAUUAUGUCACAUUUGUGAAGAUCAUUCCAAUGCCACAAGGUCCUAAAAGAAAAUUAUUUACAAAAUAUCAAGAAGCAGCGCGAAAGGAUGUGGAACGAGCAUCUGAAGUGCUCAAAUCUUGA